AUUAAUAUUAAAGACGACACUCUAGAGACUAUAGAACGUAUUCUAUCUUUUCUCUAUCUCCGAGAUUAUAAUAAGGAUAGUUUAUCUCUUUUAGAAAAUAAGCUAGAAAUCUUAGAGCUAGCUAAUCGAGUUACUUUUAAUAAUAUUAAAGUAUUUAUCGCUACUAAUAAGUAUAUAAUCCUUCCUUUAAAAGCUCUAGCUACCCUAAAGCUCUCCUAA